UUCAACCUUGUCUCCAUGCUCUUGACCAUUAAAUUUACAGUGAAAAUCUAGUUUUAACCAUCAUCAUCUGUUCAGAGUUUAUCUUACUUUUUCUUGGUCCUUUUUUCCUUCUAUUUGAUGUGAUAAUCUUAAUUUUACAUUGCCUGUCUCUGGUCAGGAUUUUUAACUAGAAAACUUGUUUCCAUCUACAGGUUUGAUAAGAAAAAGGCUUGAAAAUGGUUUUGGGUUAGCCACUGAGGAGCCGAACUGGUACCUGGUAUUGGCCAGGGGAAAAAUAUUAAAAAGCAAGAUAACCCUAAACAUUAAUCCUUUGUCAAGGUUGCCAGAGAUGAACUGAUAAUCAGGUUGCUUCAUCUCGCAAACUCUUCUUCUCAUUCGGAUCGUCUUUACCACAGAGUCAUCAUCUCAAAGUGGUUACAUCAAAUAAAGAGAACACUUGAGAUCAGCUUUAUGUUUGGCUAUGGAUUUUAUCAGUUUAUCCUUUGUUUAUUCAACUCUUUGUUUGGCCAUCAUUUGUGUCAUUUUGAAGAAAUUGUUUCAACAGGAACCUCCCAAGUUUGGUAAAUAUGCUCCUUCACCAAGUAAACUUCCGAUUAUUGGCCAUCUUCAUUUAUUAGCCAAAUUUCCUGAUAAUCCAUGGAAAGGAUUUGAUCUAAUCCGUGAACAGUACGGUGAUGUUGUUUCCCUUCAACUUGGAUCAUACAAUGCAUUACUGGUUUCAUCAUUGGAUAAAAUGAAAGAAGUUUUAAUUACUAAAGGUAAAAUAUUUUCUGAUCGACCAGACUUCCAUCGAUAUCGAAUAAUUUUCGGAGGUGAUCGGGAAAAUGCAUUGGCUUUGUGUGACUGGUCUGAACUUCAAAAGACUCGACGAGUUCUCUGUUCAAUAUCUACAACACCUAAAUUUGCUUCGGCUUCUUAUGAGAUGCUUGACAAAGCAAUUGUUUCAGAAUUGAAAUUGUUUUUUGAUUUCAUUGAAGCCAGCCCUGAACGAAUACUGACUAAAUGUUGGCUUAGACAGUUUUCUAGUAAUGUUUUUACAGAGUACUUAUGUGCCUCAAGAAUGGAAUACAAUGAUCCAAUACUGGUCAAACUAAGCUACUUUUUUGACUUCAUUUUCAAUGACAUUAGUCAAUGCGGUCCUGUGGACUUUUUACCUUUCAUCAGACAUUUAGGUUUUUAUCGUGGUUAUUUGAAAAAAGUAGACGAGAUUGCUGUGGAUCUAAGAGUAUUCAUGGAAAAAUACUUUGUUGAGCCCAGAAUUGCCAAAAUACAAAAAUCUAUGGAAUUGGAUGGAGAGAUUGAUUUAGAAUCUUUCGAUUCAAUGAUUUCUUUGGAUCUAAUGUACAAAUAUCAUUUGAAAAACCCAGAUGAAUUCAGCUAUGAACAUUUCCUCUUUGCUAUCGGUGAUUUGGUUGGUGGUUCAUCUGCAAUCGUAAAUAUGAUUAUGAGAUUAGUGGGACAUCUAUCUAUUGAUAAAGAAGUCCAAGAAGAUAUGUAUCAAGAAGUUGCUGCUGUUGCCAAACAACACGAUACUGAUAUGAUUAGCCUUAAGCAACGUCCAGACUUACCACUUAUCGAAGCAGCAAUUCUCGAAGCUCUGAGAAUCUCUUCGUCCCCUUUGGUACCUCAUGUACCUACCGAAGAUUCAACUAUCGGAGGUUAUUUUGUUCCCAAAGGAACCAUUGUUUUGUUCAACAAUUAUAAUAUGAACUUUUCAACAGAAUUUUAUACCGAUCCAGAAGAGUUCCAACCAUCUCGAUUCCUAAGCCAUUCAUCUAAUAACAACUCCCAAAGUAAAUGGCAAAUUAAAAAACCAGAAGUAUUUUUACCUUUCUCAGUGGGCCAACGUUCAUGUCUCGGAUUCAAGUUAACCCAAUACAUUACAUUUGUUGCUUUAUGUAAUAUUUUAUUGCGAUACAAAAUUGAACCAGUGGAUUCAAUUGAAACAAUCAAAAAUCAUAUUAGAGGAGGAGUGUUGGCAUUAAGAGUAGAUGACGUUUUCCGAGUCAAGUUGAUUCCAAGAGACUGAAGUGUUGUGUUGGGAAAGAAAUUUUAAUUUAGCUAAAUAAUGAAUAUUUUUAUCAAUUUAUAGUUAUUUAUAUAAUUGUAUUUUAAGGAAAUCAUAUUUUUACGAACUAUUAACAUCUGUAACUCCAUCUAUUUGAAAGUUAACGACUGAGAAAAUUAUGAACAUACUCAGAGUCAUUUGUAAUCAUUUAUAUUCGUAUUUUUAAACACAAAAAAUAUAUUCUAAAAUAUGAAAAA